AGAAAUAAUAAUAGAAGAGAAGGAGGAGGAGGAGAAGAAGAAGAAGAUUCAUAAUCAGCACAAGAAGAAGAAGAAGAAGAAGACCAGAGAAGAAGUAGAAGAAAAGAAUGGAAGAUAGAGAAACCGUGUUGUUAAUUGAAAGUUUAAUACAACCAUAUUCAAUACCACAGUGUAGAAUUUGUCAUGAAGAAGAGGAACUUGGCUGUUCUAAGAAAUUAGAAGCUCCCUGUGCUUGUUCGGGUACUUGCAAGUAUGCUCAUAGGGAAUGCAUACAGAGAUGGUGUGAUGAGAAGGGUAAUAUCAUCUGUGAAAUUUGUCUCCAGAAAUUUCAACCAGGGUAUACAGCACCACCACAACCAGCUAAACCAAAUGAUAUAGCGGUGACAAUAAGAGAUAGUUUGGAAGUACCAAUUCAAAACCAACCGUUACAUAACCCUGGAUUAAUGGCAAUCGUGGCGGUUGAUAAUGAAUUAUCCGGGUGUUCGUCAAUUGCUGAAAGAAGUGCUAGCUGUUUUCGGUUUAUAGCUAUAACUUUCACGUUUCUUUUGCUUGCGAGGCAUCUUCUUGCUGUCCUCACCAGCGAAACAGAUGAUUACGCAUUUACUCUUGUGACAGUACUAAUAUUGAGAGCUUGUGGAAUUCUGAUCCCACUUUAUAUAAUGGUUCGUGUAAUUGAAUCGGUCCAGAACAGAUUGCAAGAACUGCACCAAGAUGAUGACGAGGAAUGCAAUGAAACCACCUCAAUCAGAGAAAGAGAUGUUGAAGAAAACGGAACUCAAAAUCCGGUAGUCCAAAUACAAUCGUGAUGUUUUUCAAUUUUCUUUUACCUCAAGAAGCACUUUCCCUUGUGCUUACCCUUUUUUUUUUCUUUUGCAAUAUAAAACUUAAAACCCAUACCAUAAAAGUAUAGCCUCUUUCUUCCCUACCCACUUAAAUGAGGUCACACAUUUGACAUUUCAUUCCAUACCGAUGAAACGCUGGUCAUCAUUUCAAUGUGAUUUUCUCAAGUGUUCAGUUUGAGCGAGCCAGUUGUAAUUAACACGAGCGAAAGGCGAAACAGCUCAUCAUUGAACUGCCAUAAUGGGGGGAUGAACUUUGUUUCCAUGAAGAAUGGAAUUCAAGGCUGUACUGUCAUGAUGUAUAUGAAUACUGUCGUAUAUUUGUAAUACAAAGAAAGUGCUAAUGAAGCUAUGGCCUGAUGGUGUUACCAUACUUUUUGUUUACUUUCUUUCUUUUGUUUUCUUUUGUUUUGUUUAACGUCAAAGGAAUCCAAGUUUAUAACAA